GCGUAAUAGUCAGCGUGAGAUAAAACAACGUUUACUUCACGACAACAAAACAACUAAUUCUUGCACUAAAGGUAAUAAAGGUGCCAAGAUGACUCAGGAUCAGCUCCUCACAGGUCUGAGGAAGGAUGUCCGAUCUCUUCUGAUAUCAGCCAAACAUGGCCUGACCCCAGAGCAGCUCAGGCGGGACUAUCAGUUGAUGUUGGGAUACCCCAUGCCGCUCAGGUUGCUGGGAUUCCACAGUGUUUUGGAUAUGGUCAAGGAAAUGCCUGAUGUUGUGCGCAUGAAAUUUAACCUUGAUGGCAGCAUCAUUUUGAAAGCGAUUGGAGAUGAAAGCACCAAAGGCAUCGAAGAGCUGGUUUCCAAGCAGCGGGACAAAUUUAAAGCCAACCAUCGAAAGGGGAAAUCAAAGAUCUUCCAUGUCCGUUACCCGCACCAGUCAGUCAUUCUGCCUAGACGCAACCAAUCCGUACCACCGCUGCCAGCUCAUCUGCGCAGCCAGCUGAAACAACUUCUAUCCCACGGCCCCGUCAGACUUUCAGACCUAGAGUCCAGAUAUACGGCGCAGUUCGGAAAGCCGCUCCAGAUAACCCAAUUCGGAUUCUUCUCCAUUUCCGAGAUGCUGGUGGCCGCCACGGAUAUCAUAGUCAUGCAGCAGAGUCGCACAGGAUCUCAGCUGAUGCUGAGAAACACCGCCAGGCAAGAGAACGUGAUUUCAGGUGUUUCAAAGCAACUGGCAAAGGUGAAACCUGUGGUCCUCAGUCAUAAAGCUGCAACACCACAAAAAUGUGAGCAAACUCAGCAGGUUUCACAAGUCCACCCUACUGCUCCCAAACAAGAUCCUUUAAAGACAGAAGACUCGUUUCAAGAAAUCGUUGUGAAGCUUGAGAAGGAGCUCCGACAUCAGAUCCUUGAGAAGGGCACAGCUGGCACUGUAUGCCGUGAGUUAAAGGAUAAAAUUCGCCAGGUUGUCGCUGAAAACAGCAAUGGUAUAUCCAUACACAAUCUCCCCAAAGAAUACAAGAGGACGUACGGCGAGGAGUUGCCUGUAUCCCAGUGUGGCUUUCUGAGCGUGACGGAGAUGGUUGGAGCUUUGAACGACACGCUGGCCCUCCAGCCUGGCACGGAGGAUGGCGAGAACCGCUGGAUUAUAGUAGAGACCAAACCAAAUGACACGGAUCCCACUGAAACCGAAUUAUCACCGGGUCACGACACCACUUCCAGUAUGGAUGCUGAAUCCCCGAAUGCCUCCAGUAAAGGCUUUUACUUUAGCUGUACUCAGUCUGCCUGGGAGUGCGAAGACGAAGAGUUAUCUACCGAUUCGCAAGAUUCGGAUUCUGAACUCACCGUCACCGAUAAAACCAUCCAUCAGAUCGAGGAUUUUCUCCCACUGUUGAUGGUGAGCCAGUGGACGGUAGUUCCUCCAGAUGCUGUGCUUUGCCAGAAACUGAAGCCGCCCACACGUAGAAAAGAAAGAGAGCUGGUGCCGGUUCUGGUGGAACACAUCGAGUCUCCCAGCCACUUCUACGUCCGAUUCAGCCAAAACAAGGAGGCCAGAGCUCUGGAGAACAUGAUGAUUGAAAUGAGGAGCUGUUACUCCUGCCCGGAUAUAAAGGAGAGGUACCGGCUUCCUGAUGAUUAUGUCCGUCCGGGGCAGGUGUGCUGUGUGGCUCCCAGAGACAUGUGGUUCUACCGAGUGGUUAUCCAUGAAAUACAUAGUGACACUGAAGUUACCGUCUACUAUGUGGACUUUGGAGACAUCACUAAAGUGGAACGAAACAGUCUGCGAUUUCUCAAAGCGUGUUACGCUGACCUUGCGGCGCAGGCCGUCCCAUCAAUGUUAGCCGGAAUUCGACCUUCCACAAGCAGCUGGACUCAGAGAGCCAUCGGCUCUUUUCAGAGAAUGUGCUGCGACCGCACUCUGGUGGCCGCCGUCCACAGCUACCAGGAGAACUUUCUGUUGCUCUUCCUGUGCGAAACUAGCACAGAUGAGGACAUUUACACACACCUCGCCCUACAUGAAGAAGGCCACGCCCUGCUUUGCACCACCACUUACGGAUUGUUGUCUGGACAGUUCAAUCCGCUGAACUUUUACCUGGGAAAUGAUCGGCUUGAGGACAUCGAGCAUGUUUCAUCUUCAUCGUCUCAUCGAGGUGCUACAAAUGGACAGAGCUCCGAGGUCCCCUCCAAAGACGUUGAUCCAUUCUCAGACCUUCCCGAGCUGGAGUUUAUUCACAUCCCUGAGGUCAACAUCUCCAGCGAAAACAUAAAACAGACUGAGGUUCAGCAGAAUGAGGCGGUGUUAUCCAGCAAUGAAUGGGAUCACGGCUGGACAGAAGAAAAGAAAACAGUUAAGACGGAUCUUCAAAGUGACGUCCAGACAGAAGAAGGAUUACGACCUGAUAAAAUGCCUGAGUCUCCAGAUCCACCUGUUCAAGCACCAGUAGAUGGACCACAGAAGUGUGGAAUUCCACCUGAGCCCAAACCAGUUGCUCAGUCCAGAUGUGCCAGCCCGAUCCCCCUCCGCACCUCUCAAACCCCAUGCCAGGUGCAGACCAAAAGAAGCUACGCAGGUUUACCCGUUUAUCCCAUCCAACCUCAGAUUUCCAACUUCAUGUUGCAGCUGUUCAGUUCUUCAGAGAAACCCCGUUCAAACAUGCUGUUUCAGCACCAUGUGUCUCCGUUUGCUCUGAGGCCAGGCGCUCGCCUGUCUGCCAGUCCCCUCAUGCUUCAUCAGUGGUGCACUAAGAAAAAAGCCUGAACGGAGCAUACAACUGUCAUUUUUGUUCAUUCCUGUAGCAACAUCUUAAAGUUUCUGAUUUCAAGAAAUAUUUCCGGCAAGAUACGGAGUGCAGAUAUUUAUUUGUUCUUGUUACCAUAAUAUCUCUUGGGUAGUGGAUUGAUUUUAUUUGUGAUUCUUUGCGUGUUUGGACUAUGGACUUGAAUAGUUUGUGAGUUGUUUUAGUUUUGUUGUGAUGUUCCUUGUUCAGUGAUAUGAUUUUCCAUUAAGAAAUUAAGCUUUUAUAAAAUAGCAUGAUAAAAAAGAAAAAUUCA